GUAUUCAAAAACGGUAACUUUCGCGCAGAGCCUCUUCUAAGAAGCAACAAUAGCAACCAUCCAUGCUCUACUUAGUUUACUUAUUCUAAAAACCCUUUUUUUUUUUUUAAAAAGUCAUCCAUUUUGCACCUCAACCUCCUUUGUCUCGCCUCUUGUUCCGUUUUGUCAACGCAAACUGUCACUUCUCUUCAAUCUUCCUCGCUUCCCUUCAAAUCCAACCACAAUCUCUUUGUUUAACCAGUUUUUAAAAUUUCUUUGCAAAACUUGGUCAAUACCCCCUUUUAAAUGCUCUGAGUUUUUGAGUGUCCAAUAAAUCUCAUCUUUCUUUUUCUUCUUCUUCUUCUUCUUCUUCUUCUUCUUCUUCUCUUUUUGUUUUUUUUGUUUUUUUGUUUUUCCACCCCCACCCCCCCACCCCCCCCCACAAAAAAAAAAAAAGCAAAACUUUUUCCCAUCAAAUUCCCAUAUGGAAGGAAACCAAGAAAUUGCAUUGAACCAGAUGAGGAAAUCAGUUCAGAAGCUUGGUUCUUCCACAGAGAAAUAUGGAGACCCAACGCUCUUGAGGUUCUUGAUUGCUAGAUCAAUGGACCCAGAGAAGGCAGGGAAGAUGUUUGUUCAAUGGCAGAAAUGGAGGGCUUCAUUAGUUCCAAAUGGGUUCAUUGCUGAGUCCGAAGUAGUCGACGAACUUGCAUCCAGAAAGAUUUAUUUGCAGGGUUUAUCCAAGAAUGGAUACCCGGUGAUGAUUGUUAAAGCAAGCAAGCAUUUUCCUGCUAAGGACCAACUUCAAUUCAAGAAAUUUGUGGUACACCUUCUGGACAAAACAAUUGCAAGCUCUUUUAAAGGAAGAGAGAUUGGGAAUGAAAAGUUGCUUGGAAUUCUUGAUCUGCAACACAUAACAUAUAAGAACAUUGAUGCACGUGGAUUGAUCACUGGAUUUCAAUUUUUACAGUCAUAUUACCCUGAACGUUUAGCAAAAUGCUAUAUUUUGCACAUGCCACGGUUCUUUGUAAGCGUUUGGAGGAUGGUUUCUUACUUUCUUGAGAAGGCAACACUAGAAAAGAUUGUGAUUGUGACGAACGAGGAUGAAAAUAGAAAUUUCAUACAAGAAGUUGGCGAAGAAAUUUUGCCAGAAGAAUAUGGUGGAAGAGCGAAACUAGUAGCCAUACAAGAUGUUGUAUUGCCGCCCUUGGAUGGUUGAAUCCACAGCAGCCUCAGAAGUUUGGUAAUACAACUUCAACUUCUGAAGAGAUUUGUCUAAACCUUAAUCUUAUAACAUGUAUUAUUCUACAUCCUGGCAAAACCAUCUUAAUCUAAUCCAUGAACUUUGAAAAGUGGUAUACGUUUAUACUUUCUCGGAAUCUAGUUAAGUGAAAUACAAUAAGCCAUUUUAUUUAUUUA